AUGAAAGGCCCACCACCACCAUACCCUGGAUCGUCAUCAGAGCCGCUCGAGUUGAAGAAAGCUUCAAAACAAUCCCAGUUGACGUCUUCGCAAUCCAAUCCACAAUCCUGCAACAUCGUCAGCAACCUCCCAACCGCCAAUGCCAUAUCACUUCUUUCCAGCAACAACAAAAGCACAACUUCGACGACAACUAAUCAUUCUCAACACGAACAACCGCAUCAACAUCAACAGCGUUCUCAGCGAUUACAGCAAUAUCAACAACAGCAGCAGCAGCAGCAACAACAAUCAUCUUCUAGCAUAUUCCAUCAACAAUCAUUUCAGCAGCACUCCUCUCAAGAAAUCAACUACAGGAGUAGUCAUCCCCACCAACAGCAACAACCAAAAUAUCAACAUCAUUCUCAACAACAACAACACGAACCAUCCACAAACGUCGACCAACAACAACAACAACAGCAGCAAACAUCAUCCUCAGCAGUAGUAACCAACAUGUCAGAUUGUGUGUGGGGCUGGACAUGGGGUUGGGGUGGUGGGUGGGGAUGUCCCGGUUGGCACAGCUUCAAUUUCCUGCCCAGUUCUGAUUUUCUCCUCCUCGCAUCGUCGGCCGACGCGUUCAACGACAACGCCCACGCAUCGUCGUUCAGCACGAACGGCUACCAUGACUACAAUCAUCAUCAUCAUCAGCACGAUUGCGACGUGGUGGACCACCACGGCGAUUACGAUGGGAUUGGUGACGUCGACACUGGAUGUGACGCCACGUUUGACGGAAGCGGAUUCGACGGAGGAGCUGCUUUUGAUGUCGGCGGUGUCUUUGAUGCUGCCUUCUCGCUUGGAUUUUGA